AUGACGCCCUUUAAAGCUCUUUAUGGAAGACCACCACCUCAUAUUCCAAAUUACCAAGGUGGAACAUCCCUGGUAGAAGAGGUAGAUCAAGCCAAGCUCUCUCGAGAUGCCAUUUUGCAGCAACUCAAAAUAAACCUACAUGCAGCAAUUAACUGCAUGACCCAAAUGGCUAACUCUAAAAGAAGAGACGUGGAAUUCCAGGUGGGCGAUCUAGUCUUUCUCAAACUCCACCCGUACCGACAACAGACUGUUCAUAGGCGAACCUAUCACAAGCUGGCCAGUCGAUAUUAUGAGCCAUACCAAAUUGAAGAACAAAUCGGCAAGGUGGCCUAUAAACUUCGACUUCCCGAGGGCUCGCGCAUCCACCCAGUUUUUCACAUUUCCCUACUCAAAAGACAGGUGGGCGAAAUCACUGCCACUAGCACCGAAUUACCACCCAUAAACGAGGAGGGAGAACUUGUCACAGAACCGGUAGCCAUUCUGGAUACCCGUUGGGUGAAGAAAGGAUCCACCUUCGUGGAAGAAAGCCUCGUUCAAUGGAAGAACCUUCCCAACGAAGAUGCCACAUGGAAAAUUCUCAAGAGUUGCGUGAUAAGUACAUAA